AUGGGCUUCGAUCACGGCGAUCACUUUUUCCUCAAAGGACUUAUCACACAGAUGACUUUUGAAGAAAAGGUUUCGCUCCUUUGUGGCUCCUCAUUUUGGGAAACAUCUGGCAUCGAUAGACUCGGCAUACCGCGCAUGAAGCUUACCGAUGGGCCAAGUGGCGCUCGUGGAGAAGACUUCAACAGCGGAUUGUCGAGCGCGUGUUUCCCCGCAGGUAUCACUCUUGCUGCUUCCUUCAGCGAACAGCUCGCUCGAGAAGUAGGAAAGGCACUAGCUCAGGAGACUCAGACAAAGGGUGCCCGAGUCCUACUUGCACCGACUGUAUGCCCACACCGGCAUCCACUUGGUGGUCGCAACUUAGAGUCUUUCGGCGAGGAUCCUUUGCUUGCUGGCCGUCUCGCAACUGAGUACAUCAAAGGCAUCCAAGGCGAGGGUAUUGGGGCUUGUAUCAAGCACUUCGCAGCUAACGAACAAGAGACCAACCGAUCCAGUAUUGACGCCCGUGUAGGCGAGCGCGCUCUUCGCGAGAUUUACAUCAAGCCUUUCGAAAUCGCGAUCAAGGGUUCCCAGCCGUGGUCUAUCAUGACGGCGUACAACGUCGUGAAUGGUACGCAUGCGGACUCGAACAAAACGCUGUUGAACGAUAUACUUCGAAAACAGUGGGGAUAUGAUGGUCACGUUGUUGCCGAUUGGGGCGGAAUGAACUCGCUAGCUACAGCCCUCAAUGCCGGCGUCGAUCUUGAAAUGCCCGGUCCGGCUAGCUGGCGUACUGUCGAGAACAUCCAAAGAGCCCUUGAUAAUAACGAGGUCUCCAUGGAGACAUUGGAGACGCGAAUCUUCGAGAAUCUGAAGUUCCUCCAGCGGAGCGGCGGAUUCGACCACGCGACCAUUCCCCUUGAGCGCGCGGAAGAUCUUCUGGAACAUCGAGCCCUAAUCCGAAGAGCUGGAGCGGAAAGUGCGGUACUGUUAAAGAACAAGAACGACGUGCUUCCCCUCAAUAAAGAGAAGAUAGGCUCCAUAGCUAUGAUCGGCUUAGCGAAACAAUGCUUGAGCCAAGGCGGCGGUUCUGCCGCAGUCAACCCGCACCACAACAUCACGCCUUUCAAGGCUUUCGAGGAAGCUGUCGAUGGUAAGAUUCAGCUCAGCUAUGCUGAAGGAGCUCCUGUACUCCGGAAUCUUCCUGCUUGUUCCAAGGACGUGGUCGAUCUCGAUGGCAAUCCUGGUUUUUCCUUCCAAGAUCCAACUGGUUAUUCUCGCGUGAUCGUCACCGGUAUAUUCACUCCUUCUACAUCCGGUAAACAUUACAUCAGCUUGGCCACCCUAGGAAACACCAAGGUGUACAUCAAUGAUGAACUUGUUUACGAUAUAGAAGGCAAGUCUGCCGAUGUCUACGCUAUAUUGAUAGGUGUCGCGGUCGAAGAACAGAAACAGUUCGAUUUCGUGGCAAAUAAGCCGUAUCAGAUCCGGCUAGAAGCAUCUACUGUGGAAGAUCCAGACGUCAAAGAGUCGUUCAUGUCUAAAUGCCUUGGAUUCAACUUUGGAUUCAUGGAGCAGCAUCUCAUGGAAGCUGAUCUUCUUCAAGAAGCUAUCGACGUCGCUAGUUCAUCUGACGUGGCAAUUGUGUUUGUCGGGAACACACCGGCUUGGGAGACAGAAGGAGCGGAUCGAAUCACCAUGGCUCUUCCACGUGACGGCUCAUUGGACCGACUGAUCACUGCUGUUGCAGCAACGAAUCCUCAUACCAUCGUCGUCAACUCCACAGGUUCUCCUAUAACGAUGCCAUGGUUACAAGACGUAUCUGCAGUUCUGCAGGCGUGGUUCCCAGGUCAAGAAGCUGGUUACAGUAUUGCAGAUGUCAUCUUUGGAUCCGCGUGCCCAGGCGGAAAGCUGCCCGUCACUUUCCCGAAGGCACUUUCCGACGCGCCAGCAUUCGAUAAUUUUCCAGGUAAUCUCGAGGCCAACUUUGUCGAAUACAAGGAAGGCAUCUACAUAGGCUAUCGUCACUAUGAUCGCAAGCCAGAGACCAUUCUGUUUCCUUUUGGAUUUGGUCUUUCGUACACGACCUUCGACGUCAGUAACGUCUCAAUUUCAUCGACGUCGCUGGAAAAGGGCCUGUGCCUCACGGUGACCGCACAUGUCACUAACACUGGCGCACGGCCGGGAAGUGAGACUGUACAAGUGUACGUUGGUCCUAGCAAUGAAGGAGCGAUUGACAGGCCACUGAAGGAGCUUAAGGGGUUCGCAAAGGUGCACCUAUGUCCAGGGGCGCAACAGAGUAUUUCAGUAUCUCUGGAGGCCGAAAAAUUCGCGUAUUUUAACGAAGAGAGGGGAAUGUGGGCUGUUGAUGCAGGCGAAUAUGCUAUCUUUGUGGGCGUUUCAAGUGCUCAAAUUGUUUCCACAAAGAAAGUCGAUAUGUCAGCUUCUUUCGAGUUCGAUGCUUGA